AUGGGUAAACAGGAUGAUCGGAUCGAAUCUGAUAGGACUGAUAUUGACGGUGUCAGCCAGCCAAUGGAGAUGCAGCUUCAAGCACAGCCCGACUGCUUGGCUGCAACAACACGGUCAUUCGCCGCUAGUAGUAGUACACUCAGGUUCUCGCCUCCAUUCUGUCGAAAAACCUCUACGCUACCAGGCUAUCACAUCCCAAACUCGAAGUGGGAAGAAUUUUCCAGACAAUUGACUGCUGCCGCCCAGCAACCUAUGGGCGGCAGUCACCCCAGUUUCAAUUCUUUUACAGUGGCCGAUCUCACCCAUCACGACUUGAACGCAUCGAAUUCUGGCGUCCCGCUACAACAUCGUGAUCAUGACAACUAUGGCUAUGACCACAGACAAUCUUACAAUCACAAUCACGCCACAGACCCCUACAACGUUAACUUGAAUGUUGUCAACAAUCCCUACAACUACAACGCCGGCGACAGCCAGCAGCAGCCUGAAUGGCCAGUACAAACUCCAGUAUUCCAAAACCCUUCCAACCUACCCCCCAACCUUCCAAAUCUACCCUUGUGGCCAAUCCAUGCUCAAGGACAUGUCGGUUCGUCGUCGCACACUACUAGUAAUCCGCUUUCGGCCCUUGAGGUUCCAACUCAUCCUUUUGACUUUCCGCUUGAUUCCGUUCACCAGAAGUUGAACCGAAGGCCCAGAGAUUUUAAGCCUCAGCAUGACUAUUACACAGCAGUAGCAUCCCGACGACAGUCCAACUCCAAACGUAGUACGGGCGUCGUACAGCCUCAGUCUAUACCAGACUCUAUCCGAGUCAUUCAGAUGAUCGUUUUACCACCGCAGUUGAUUGAACAAGUGAAGGCGCAGGCCUACACGAACAUGAUGAGACUUACAUUUGAGAACACCUUCUUCCCCACCGAUGACACUUUAACGGAUUGA